UUGCAAAGUUCCCAUAUCAUUUAAUUUGCAAAAAUGAAAAGAAUAAAAAUAAAUAGAAAAUAAAGGAUUAUACCCCAAAUACGUAAACCAUAAUAAUGUUACGAUUAAAGUUUUAAAAAUUUAAAUAAAACCACCCUUAAAGGCUUAUGAAACCCCUACAGGAGAGAAUUCAGUAAAAUAUUUACAAAUAUGUUCGCACCAAAAGCGUUGCUUUCGUUUUUAAAUUUCUUAAAGCUAUCUUUUUUUAAAUUAGUGGAAGUUCAGCAGAUAUGCUAUUAUAACGAAAAUGGCACUAGAACAAACUAGAAUUGACAAUCGAAAUCGAUAACUUGCCAGAUGCAUCUAGACAUCGAUAUUCGUAGUUGCCAGAAUGAUCAAGUGCCGAUAUAUCGCUUACAAUCGACUAUAUAAAGGCUGCCGGACUAACAGCAAUACACAGUUCUGAUAAGAGAGUUGUCGAGUGAGGACAAUUCUAAGGAGAUAGUUGUCGAGCAAAGUGUAAACAAAUUAUAAGUUAGAGUUGUAAAGUAGAGUAUUGAGUAAUAAAGUGUUAAGUUAUAAGGAAUUAAGGAUACCACAACUCAAAAAGGAGUUGGAACAACGAGGUUUAGCAACGAAUGGUUUGAAAUCCGAAUUGCAAGCCUGGUUAAGAAAGGCUAUGGAAGAAGAAAACAUCAAUGUUGUCGAAUAUGUUUUCGAAUCGGUGUUGGAGGAAUCAGCAACGAAGAUAGAAGAAAGGAAAGAGACUCCAUGUUCGUCAGGAAUAAUGGACAUGAACAUGAUUUUGUCUGCAAUGUCCCAGGUGUCAUCGCAGAUGUCGUCACAGUUGCAGGCGCAGUCAUUAGAAAUAAAGGAGAUGAAACCCCAGUUAGAAGAACAGGACACACGCUUAACAACAAAGUUGUCCAAACAAAUGAAAGAACUGUCAACGGAAAUAUCAGCUCAAUUUUCUUCACUGUUAAAAGGGGAGAAUAAGUCCACAUAUUUGGAAGCGAAUGAGACGUGUAUGUCAAGCAAUUUGGAGGCGUAUGAAGAGAUUUUGUUAACACGAUUGGAAGAGAAUGGGUUGUCCUCAAAGUUGAAAGAGGAGGAGUCGAUGUAAAUAGAUUGUAAAGAGCCAUCGACCAGUCGUGACGUAGUUAAGAAAAGUAACGUUUUGACUGCGUCGGAGGUCAAAGGGAUGUUGGAAUAUCGGAUAGAUAUAGAUAGGUGUUUUACUUAAUCUACGCCUAUGCCUCGUAUUGGUCACAAGCCGAAGUUCCGAAAAAUAGCAUGACCAGGGAGUCAGUUUUAUCAAGCUUUUCCAUAUGCGACUGCCGCGAAGUGGUGGUAUUGUACCAAAUCAAACAACAUGUAGCGGUGGGAAAAGCUGGCGGCCCUGGCAAAAGAGUGCAAAUGGAUGAAAGUAAUUUCGGUAAACGAAAAUACAACAAAGGAAGGAGAGUUGAAGGCCACAGGGUAUUAGGAAUAGUAGAAAACGGUAGCGACGAUUUACGAUUGGAAGUAUGUCCGGACAACGUACGGUCUUCCGAAGUGCUCAUACCCUUAAUUCAAAACUGCUUAACAAGUCACGGGUAUGAGCACCGUCAUGUAAACCACAGCGAUCCGGACAAUUCAUUUCUAGCUGAUGAUGGAACCCGUACGCAGCGCAUUGAAUCCCAGUGGCGAGUCAUCAAAAGAGGCUUUAUCAAGGACAAUUAUAACAAUCCUGAGAAUUUUUCAAAUUUUAUAAUAGAGUAUAUGUGGAGGAAAACCGUAGCUAAUAAACAUGAAGAUCCUUUUAUAAAACUGAUUGAUGCAAUAAAAUAUACUUACGCCACGUCCAGCGUAGACACGGUCACGAUUUACCGAUGUGUGCGGGCCCACAAUAUCGUUCGUGGAAUACAAAAAGCGUCCAAUUACAACGCGAUUAUGCGUUGAUGCAUUGAUUGCCUUCAUUUACAGCUAUUUUCGUGAUAAUUUUUAUAAAUUAAAUAUGCAGAAACAAUGUGGUGAAGUGUAAGUGUAAAAUAAGAGCAUAAUAAUAAUAAAAUAUUCGACUUUUUCAGCUUUUUCAACUUUAUUUGUAUAUAUAUUCUUAAUCUAGAGAACCUCCUAUUUCCAACCAUGCCUACUUUAUCCGCGAAAGCCUGGAAUAGUAUUCUAAAGUUUCCCCCAGAGCCAUCUGCAGUGGCAAUUGUGAGUCGGAAAUUGUUUGUUUCAGUACUAUCACAAAACGAAUUUGUUAGACAUUUGGUUCGUUAUCAUUUGGAUACAAAAAUGUAGUUUAUCAGCCACUUCGCUUAAACUAUAGGUAAUGCUUUUAUAACUAAUCGCAUUCUAAAUUGUGAACGCCUCGAUAUAGUGAACAGCUAUAUUUUUACUUUGUGAACGAUAGAAUACCUCGCAAUAGUAAACAAAAAUUUAAAAGCUGCCUUGAGGAGACACCAACGGGAAAUACAAAACGCAGUGAGAGUUGAAAUUGGGUAUUCUCAUAAAUUGUACUUUACUGCUUAUGUUGAAUGCAAAAUCAAUCCAGUGUUUGUUUUCUGUACUUACGUAUUAGCGUCACUAAACAUAUGCAGAAUUUAGAUCUAGGCAACAAAAACGUCAAACAUUUAGGUAAUUCGCUUUUUCUAACUCUUCCAUUUUUGUUACGUAAACACGUUUUGUCUUUCGUCGAGUGCAAACAGUUUGUGGGCGAAAUCUCUUCAUAUAAUGCUGAAUGCUAAUACAUUGAUCCUGCAAUCAUCUCUUUGGGAAAUUUUCUUUCUUUAAACGAAAAGUGAAAUUUGUUGAAAAUCGGAAAAGUGUUAGUGUUUCCUCCUUGGCAAAAGCAUGUACAUAGACUAGAUAAAUCAACUAUUUCAGGAAUAAAAGUUCGAAUGAAUAUCUGUGUAUUUAAGUUCUGUAUUAGAGUUUAAGCUUUGCAAAGGCCAAAUUAAUAAUGUGGAUUACACCCGCUUGUUUUGGUAAAUCUUCUCAUAGAACGUAUCAAGAAUGAUAGAAUACAAGAAUACGCCAUUCGUUUACAGUUAGCUUUUUUGGGCUUUAUUUCCUGUUGAGUGACGCAAUAAAGACCCCCAAACACGCAAAACAAAAAUCGAAAGAAACACUGACAAAUUGCACAAUUGUACAAAACAA